AUGGCCGAGUUACAUGAGGCAAACCGAGAUUUUCAGCCGAAACAUGAAACUCGCUUCGGUCUCAGCGUCGUAAAAUUGGAUAAGGCUACUAAGAAACUGAACGAGAAAAUGGGACUUAGUGAGAGCGAGCUGAUUCUUCGUUAUGGCCUGCAUCCCGUUGUCGUGUGGUGGGCUCAUCAGGAGCUGGAUUCUGUAGUCGGGAUGCGGAUGCCAGCUUUUGAGGAUCUUCCUAGUCUCCCAUAUAUUCGGGCACUUUUAGCGAAGUUCUGCGCUGGCGACACCCAAGACCCGGAGGUCUGUGGUAGUGAACCACUUCUCUCUGGAUACAGACGGGCCACUUUCGAGCAUCAGUACGACUUUGAUCCAGAUAGAUGGAUCCAGCGCCCGCAUCUUCCGGUGAAUGCAUUUGGACUUGGUCGAUGUGCCUGUACUAGGUUUUAUGUGGAUCAGAACUCCGUGUCAAUAGCAAUUGCGCAUCUUCUGUGGGCGUAUAAUAUCAGCCAUACGUAUGAGAAUGGUCAAAAAUUGGAGGUCGAUUCUUGGAGUCUGACUCAGGAGAUUGGUGUACGACCAAUUCCAUUUAAGGCACUGUUUCGCGUGAGAGGGACUAAACGGCAAGAAAUUAUAGAGCAGACUUGGACGGCUGCUGAGAAAGACACUGAUAUCUUACUUGAGCGGGCUAGUUAUACAUUCAAAAUUAGUGUAUCACUUUGGUUGUUACAGUCUGCAAAACUUACCCUUAUGUGA